UGACCUCCAGGGACGCCCGGCGGAGCCAUGGCGGCGCCCAGGCCGCUGUCCCGCUUCUGGGAGUGGGGGAAGAACAUCGUGUGCGUGGGCAGGAACUACGCGGACCACGCCAAGGAGAUGCAGAGCGCCUUGCCGAGCGAGCCGCUGCUCUUCCUCAAGCCGUCCACCGCCUACGUGCCCGACGGCUCGGCCAUCCUCAUGCCGCCCUACAGCAGCAACCUGCACCACGAGCUCGAGCUGGGCGUCGUGAUGGGCAGGCGCAGCCGCGCCGUCCCCGAGGCCGCGGCCAUGGACUACGUGGCUGGCUAUGCCUUGUGUCUGGACAUGACCGCCAGAGACGUGCAGGACGAGUGCAAGAAGAAGGGCUUGCCCUGGACGCUGGCCAAGAGCUUCACGGCCUCCUGCCCGGUCAGCGCGUUCGUGCCCAAGGAGAGGAUCCCGGACCCUCACAACCUGAAGCUCUGGCUCAGGGUCAAUGGCGAACUCAGGCAGGAGGGUGAGACAGCCUCCAUGAUCUUUUCCAUCCCCUACAUCAUCAGCUACGUUUCUAAGAUAAUGACCUUGGAAGAAGGAGAUAUUAUCUUGACCGGGACCCCGAAGGGAGUCGGACCCGUGAAAGAAAACGAUGAGAUCCAGGCUGGCAUACACGGGGUCGUUAGUAUGAGAUUUAAGGUGGAAAAGCCAGAGUACUGAGUCUGUGCAAAGCGCCCUGAUUUACAAAGUUUCAGGAGAGAAGGGAGCUGGACAGAAGCAAGCAGAGGUUAUUAAAUGGGACAAUCCUUUAAGAAGAAACUAAUUCUUAAAUAUGAUUUAAUUGGAUUGUUAUGACUUAAGGCAAAUGGACCCUUAAAGGAAAAUGUGAUCUAGAAAAGCUGGGCCAGAAAUGGAAAGAAGAUUGAGAAUUUUAAGAAACCACCAAAUUAAGUUUUUGUAAUGCUUCCAAAGCAGAGAAUUUAUCAAACCUAAUGUUAAGACUUUCCUUCCUAAAACUGGAGUGGAUAAGACUUUUCAUUUGGGGGGGGGGGCUGGGUGGCUCAGUCCCUUAAGCAUCUGUCUUCCUCUCAGGUCAUGAUCCCUAGAUCCU